AUGCAUCGUGUUGGUAGUGCGGGGAACACAAACAAUUCAACUCGCCCUCGGAAGGAGAAGAGAUUAACGUAUGUGUUGAAUGAUUCUGAUGACAAAAGGCACUGUGCAGGCAUAAAUUGUUUGUCUGUUCUUAAGUCUACUACAUUUGAUGGAUCUGGUUAUCUCUUCACUGGAAGUCGUGAUGGGAAGUUAAAUCGGUGGGCACUAGCUGAUGACAUGCCAUCAUGCUCUGCUACCUUUGAAUCUCAUGUGGACUGGGUUAAUGAUGUUGUUCUUGUUGGUGAUAAUGUUCUUGUUUCGUGUUCUUCAGAUACAACCCUUAAGACAUGGAAUGCUUUGUCCACAGGAACAUGUACUAGGACACUCCGUCAACACUCAGAUUAUGUUACUUGCCUUGCUGUGGCAGAAAAAAAUAGCAAUGUGGUUGCCUCUGGUGGCCUUGGCGGGGAGAUUUUUAUAUGGGAUAUUGAAGCUGCACUAGCUUCAGCUACAAAAUGCAAUGAUCCAAUGGAUGAUGAUGAUAAUUCAAAUGAUAUCAAUGUUUCUGGAAACUCAUUACCAAUGACAAGCUUACAUACCAUCAGCUCAAGUAACAGUAUGUCUAUGCACACUACUCAAUCUCAAGGAUACAAUCCAAUUAUUGCCAAAGGCCAUAAGGAAUCUGUUUAUGCAUUGGCAAUGAAUGAAGGUGGAACACUUCUUGUCUCCGGUGGUACAGAAAAGGUUUUGCGUAUUUGGGAUCCGAGAUCUGGAUCAAAGACUUUGAAGCUAAAAGGGCAUACAGAUAACAUCAGGGCUUUACUUCUGGAUUCUACUGGCAGGUUUUGUAUAUCAGGAUCUUCAGACUCUAUGAUAAGGCUUUGGGAUCUUGGUCAGCAACGCUGUGUGCAUUCUUAUGCAGUUCAUACAGAUUCUAUUUGGGCUCUUGCAAGCACUUCAACAUUUAGUCAUGUUUAUAGUGGUGGUAGAGACUCUUCUUUAUACUUGACAGACUUGCAAACAAGAGAGAGUGUUUUGCUUUCAACCGGGGAAAAUCCUAUUCUUCAAUUGGCUUUGCAUGACGAUAGCAUUUGGGUUGCAUCAACAGACUCUUCAGUGCACAGAUGGCCUGCUGAAGGACGCAACCCUCAAAAGAUUUUCCAUAGAGGCAAUUUGUCCUUUUCCAGAGCAAGGGUGUCACUAGAAGGAUCUACCCUUGUUCCUGUAUAUAAACAACCAACUUUAACUAUUCCUGGCAUCCCUUCAAUUGUACAACAUGAAGUUUUGAAUAAUAGGAGGCAUGUCCUGACAAAGGAUACUUCUGGUUCAGUAAAGUUGUGGGAAAUUACGAAAGGUGUUGUAGUUAAAGAUUUUGGAAAGGUUUCAUUUGAGGAGAAGAAAGAAGAGUUGUUUGAGAUGGUUAGCAAUAUUCCAGCAUGGUUCACAGUGGAUACUAGACUUGGAUGUUUGUCUGUACAUUUGGACACUCCUCAAUGUUUUUCUGGUGAGAUGUAUUCUGCAGAUCUUAACAUUGUAGGCAAGCCUGAAGAUGAUAAGGUUAACUUGGCUCAAGAAACACUGAAAGGGCUCUUGGCUAAUUGGUUGAUAAAAAGAAAGCAAAGAAUGGGAACUCCAGCCCCUCCAUAUGAUAAUGCGGAGUUACUAUCUGGAAGUGUUACACAUUCAAGAACUGAGCUUGAUGGAAGUUCUGAGACUGAGAUAAUGGUUUAUCCUCCAUUCGAAUUCUCAGAUGUUUCCCCUCCUUCCAUUAUUACCGAGGGAACCCAUGGAGGUCCGUGGAGAAAAAAAAUGUCUGAUUUAGAUGGAACUGAGGAUGAAAAAGACUUCCCCUGGUGGUGUUUGGACUCUGUAUUGAAUAAUCGGUUACCUAGCUUCUAGAGAAAAUAUGAAGUAAUUAACGUUUUGCCUUCCUGUACACUCUCAUUGUUUGGUGGAACCCAUGCUUGUAGUAGCAAGGAAGAAGACUUGUUUGUGGGUCAUGGCAAUUGCAUUUAUUAAGAACUUGGUUGGCUGAUUUCUUUCUUUCUUUC